AUGAAUCACUAAGACAAUGCUAUAAAGGGAGUUUUAAAAUAAUAAUUGAUUGUGGAUUCAGAAAGUGGGCCAUACAAAACUAUUUAGGAAGCAAUUGAUAAGGCUGAACCUAAUACAGUCAUUAAAAUUGCAGCAGGCCUUUAUUCUUCAAAUAUAUUGAUAAACAAACCUGGCCUGCGUUUAGAGCCUAAAGAUAAAAAUGGUGAUAUAAUUAUAGUUGUAUCCUCGAAACCUACGAUCUUAGUGGAUUUGUAAAAAGAUGAGCGUUGCACUUUGAUUGGAUUAAAAAUGUCUCAUAGUGGCACAAGUGAAGAAGUUGAAGAAUUAGAGAAACUCAUAGAAGGACAGGAAAUCGCGAAACAUUUAUUUGGAGGCCAUGAGGACGGUGCAGCUGGAAUAGAAUCAAAUCCAGAUGAAGAAUUUGUAAAUAAAGUGCCUAUUGAUACUGGCAUGAAUUGCGUUGUUUUACUCAAUGGAGGUAAAUUAUUUAUGGAAGAUUGUUUAAUUGCUCUAAAUUUUAUUGUUAAAUCGUUUAAAGGUAUAUUGCCAGGAAUUGCAAUUAAUAACGGUGCUGAGGCCUUGUUUAUAAGGUGUGAGAUAAAAGGAACUUCAUCCAAAAACUAAGAUGCUAAAACAAUUGGUAUUUUGCUCAGAUUGGGAGAUCUAAUAAUUAAGGAUAGUAAGGUGCAUAAUCAUACAUAUGGGGGUAUUCUGAUACAAUAAGCAAUUACGAAUAAGAGUGUUCGAAUAAUGAAUAGCAAAAUCAUUUAGAACAAGAAAGUUGGCAUUCAUGUAGUAGGUGCAGAUGCUAUUCCACAGAUAGAAUUAUGCAGAAUUGAAAACAAUGAAGGUCCAGGUAUUAAAGUAGGUAUUGGUAAUAAAGCUAAAAUAUUCGGUAAUGAAAUUAAAACUAAUAUUGUUGGAAUUGAAGUAUUGUCUGCAGAUCCCUAGAUCUUUAAUAACAAAAUUGAUAAGAAUUUUACUGACGGAAUUUUGACUAAAGUUUUUGAAUAAUUAAGAUGUGAUGGUAAAAUCAAAUCAAAUUAGACUAUUUCUGGAAAUAAAGAAAACGGAAUACAUUGCACUGGAUAGAAUAACUACACAAGAAUUGAGUCCAAUACAUUUAUAGGAUAUAAUAAAAAAGCAGGAAUCAAAGCAGAUACAGAAUCACGCAUUUCCAUAUUUAAAAAUAAAAUCUCAAAAAACUUAGGCUAAGGAGUUUUAUUAGUUGAAACUUCAUCUGCUGUCAUAGAAAAAAAUGAAAUUACAGACAAUAUUAAAGCCAAUAUAGCCUUAGGAGGAGCAAAUUCGGUGGAUACAUUCAUUGUCGAGAAUAAAAUUCUUGGAGGUAGAUGCGAAGGUAUUUUCUUAAUUGAAUGUGGUAAAUGUUGGAUAUUUAGAAACACUAUUGCUGAAAAUAAUGAUGGGAUUGUUUGUAUAACGGCAGUCCCUGUUAUAAAACUUAAUAAUAUAUAGAAAAAUAAAAGUAAUGGCAUCAUGAUACUAAAGGAUAGCAGACCUGAAAUUAUUGAAAAUAAUAUCAAUGACAAUGAUGGAAUUGGAUUAUUUAUCAGAGAUAAAAGUCAUGGAAAAAUAUAAAACAAUGUGAUUAAAUCAAAUGAAAUUGAGUUGGUUGUUGAAAGGAGAAACCCAUCAUUGGAAUCAAUUGUCUAAGAAAAUAAAGUAAGUGGUGAUAUUAGAAUACCUUAAAAUUAUGAUUGCACAAUAUAAUGAGUUUAUUACACUAAAUUCUUAUAAACAAUAAAAUUAUAUAACAAAUAUAU